CAAGCAGCCUAGUUGUAAUUAUUCUUUACGAAAACGAACACAAUCGUGCAAGCAAAGAGUUGAAUACGCAGCUGGUGAGAAAUCGUCCGACAUCUCAGAGGCCCCUAUUACUUCGCCUCACGAUAGUUGAUGUUGUCUGAUAUAAAUAGGUAGUCUGUGUCUCUUUCGUUUACUUCUGAGAUCAAGUUAACUUGGAGUGCCUCGCCUUCAUGAUGCUUCCAGCUCAGACCGGGGCUAGCUUCGUGGACAACUGCACCACGUUCGACUCAAACUUAUGGUCCAAAGCCGACUGGGAGCAGGGGCUAGGUUUUGUGCAGUCUGCCAAUGUGAAUCCAAGCGGUGGAGGCGUGCUGAACUUUGAGAUUCCUGCGGGAACUCAUAAUGGAGGAGAGAUUAGAUCCAAGGCGCAAUACUCCUUCGGCCAAGUCGCUGCGAAUUUCAAGGUUCCAAAUCUACCUGGAAUUAUCUCAAGUAUUUUCAUGUACCAAGGAACCUCCACUAGCGACGAGAUCGACAUCGAAGUAUAUCUGAACAAAGGCAAAUGGGAGAUUGCGUUCACCGUUUAUCGUCUGGGAGUCAAAGAAUGGUCUCAUCCAUAUUUCCCAACCUGGGACCCAAGCACCGGAUACAAUGACUACAUGAUUGACUAUCAAGAGGCCGCUAUCUCAUUCUACAUCAAUGGUGCAUUGGAAGCUCAAUUUCAUACACCAGCGCAGCAACCCAUUCAUCCUAUGAACAUUCAGCUCAACGCCUGGUAUCCAAAGUGGCUGGACGGUCCCCUCGCGGCAUCUACUGAAUUCUUUCAAGUCAACCAAAUAUCUUACACGCAGUCUUGAAACAGCGUGUGAGGAAACAUUGUGAAUUUCCAACGUUGAAGGAAUAGGGAUGAAUGGGGAUACAGAGAUCCAUUCGAUGUAUAUAGUUUGCAAACAAAUUCGAUCCGAGUUGUGCUCUUAAUCAGCG